AUGAUAAGCCCAGCAUCUGCCGCGCGCAACACCGUGCGCGGCUUCCAACCUACCCCGAUAGCAUCCGGAGACGAGGAUUCUGACCACGGCUAUGAGGCAUCGCGCAAGAACUUGAGGGGACGUGGCCGUGUCGACGACGUUGUCAGUGCUCAUUGUAGUCCUGUCAUGCGAGCCAACCCCUCGCCCAGCGUGUCUGGAAUUGCUAUGCUCCGCAUGCAGAUGGAACCUCUCAGCCUGGAUGGAACUCCAGGGUCGACUCCCAUAUCUCGCACGACCAGUCGCCAGGGACAGUCCGCCGGCGUCAGCCGCUCUCAUAGUCGCGAUGGCGCGCCCAGUGAAGCCGGCAGUGAAAGCUCAGGCAACGGGACCACCAGCUAUGAGAUAGAGCUUCAUGCUGAUUUCGCCAGCGAAAGCGUCAAGGAUCAUGGCUCUGGGUAUCUUGACAUCAACAGCCAGAGCUUUGACCCAACCCGAAAAAUGACUUCCGGCGAUUUCGAAUCACUGCGUUGUCUGGGCAAAGGGACAUACGGUACAGUGCUCCUGGUCAAGCAGAAGGCCACCGGCAGACUGUAUGCGCAGAAACAAUUUAAAAAAGCCUCGCUUGUUCUCAAGAAGAAGCUAAUCGAACAGACCAAGACGGAGCGUCAGAUUCUUGAGUCCGUCAACCGCCACCCUUUUGUCGUCAAGCUGUUCUACGCUUUCCAGGACCAUGAGAAGCUGUACCUCAUCCUAGAGUACGGCCAAGGCGGCGAAUUGUUCACGCAUCUGAAUACUGAGAAGAUGUUCUCGGAGCCUGUCGCUGCCUUCUACAUGGCUGAGAUGUUGCUGGCUAUCUCCCACCUGCACAACGAUCUGGGUGUAGUGUACCGGGACCUGAAGCCGGAGAAUUGCCUGCUUGACGCCGACGGUCAUCUCCUUCUCACAGACUUCGGCUUGUCCAAGGUUUCGGCCGAGCCUACAGACGAGUGCAACUCUUUGCUGGGAACAGUCGAGUACAUGGCCCCCGAAGUGAUCCUAGGGAAGAAAUAUGGCAAAGCUGUUGACUGGUGGUCAUUCGGCGCCUUGGGUUACGACUUGAUGACGGGCAAUCCGCCCUUCCGUGGUGGCAACCACGCAAAGAUUCAAGAGAACAUUGUCAAGCAGAAGCUUGUUAUGCCGUACUUCCUCGGCCCUGAUGCCAAGGACCUCCUCACCCGUCUGCUCCGCAAAGAGCCGGGCAAGAGACUCGGCUCUGCUAUGCCCAGGGACCUGACAACGCUCAAAAGGCACCGCUUCUUCCGCAAGAUCGAUUGGAAGAAGCUCGAGGCACGAGAAUUGGAGCCUCCCAUCCAGCCCAUGAUCACAGAUCCAGAGCUGGCUGAGAAUUUUGCGCCCGAGUUCACUGAGCUUGCUCUCAGUCCAAUGUUGACCUCGAAGGAUUCAGGCUUCCUGAGCGCAUCAAAGGACGACGUCUUUGGAGGAUUCAGCUUCGUAGCCUCUUCGAGCUUGCUGGACGAGCACCACUUCCCCCUGGCCGUUUGA